UAAAUGGGUUUCCUUUAUUUUUGGCUUCCUGGUUUCUUUCUGGUGUACUAAUGUUAUGUUUCUUAAAUUGCAUCGUCUUGGAUCAAAUCUUACAUUAAAGGCGUUAUUCCGAUCUGGGUCGAGGAAGUGAAUAAUUCAGCUCAAGAUGGAUAACUCUAAACCAGACAAAAUGGGGGGAGGAAAGAAGAGAAAAGAAAGAAAAAGGGCUCUUGAGAGAAAAGUGAACUUUAUUGCGAAAGAUGAAGGAGAGAAGGAAGAGCCUGUGUUGUUGUUGUUGUUGUUGUUGUUGUUUUUACAAUAAUAGAAACCCACAUUGAAGAAGGGAGGAGGUUAUUGCUAGGAAUAAACCCAAUGUCUAGUUCUAUCAAUAUCGUGUUCCGAUGGAAGAUGUCCAAGUGUAAUCACCUACAAAGAGCCAUGCCACAACCAACAUGGGGUAGUGGGGAGCUCUUUGUGGUAGUCCAGGGCCAUAGAAGAAUCAGCAGCGGGUUGGCGCUGGGCUCGUGGCGUGGAUCUCUGUUUCUCUGUCGCUGCGGACGUGACAGAAACUCACAGCCUUUUCACAGCCUUUUUGUGAGUUUACAGUGGGAGGGCAGUGGACAAAGACUGAGGUGAGAGCAAGCGAACUGCAGUACAGGGCUUAGGAUCUCUAAUCCGGUCUGGCAGUGCGCGAUUGUUCGUUUCUCGAUCGGGCGCUGCAAUGGCUGACAACAUGAUUGCUUCUGCGUGUUCACUGAGUCUGUAUCACCCUUGCUGCAAAAUUGCAAUGCUAUGGCAGCAUAUUUCAUGUUUUUUUACACGUUGGUUGUUCAGUUCCGGUGGAUUGCAUGAGAGUAGAAUCUAUGGGAUCUCACGUGUGAAAAUCCACGUCGGGGGUCCUGGCUCAGAGGCUGGGCGAAAAGACUUCCAGUGAUGCAAGAGAGUUGAUUUUUUUGGACCGGUGCGGUGUAUUUUUGAGCAACUGACUGGCCACGUAUGUUGUGAAUCGGAUUUCUUCCUACCUCUUCAUUUUCCCUGCCUCCAGGAAUGGGUUCAUCCAAAGUGGGUUUUGAUCCGGAUUGUAAUUUGUACUUGUGAAGGAAAUCAAACGGCAGAUGAUACGCAAACCAAUUAUGUUGAAGGUGAUGCGUUUUAGAAAGUUUGCCUGGCAAUGUUGUCAUUGUGGGAGCAGGCUGGUUGGACUAGGACAGCUUUGACACUGUGCAGCCUUACAAGCUUACCAUGUCAGAUCACAUUAACCCAACAGCAUCAGAGCCAUAUCAUAGCAGCAGAUUCUUCAAGUCUGCUGCAAAGCUGGUGUUUCCUAACUCACUUAUUGAGAGGGUUCAUUUCAUGAUUUUAGCCACUGAAUGACAACGUAUGUGUGUGUGUGUGUGCAUGAGUUUUGUCUGCAAGGUUGGCAGAGCAUGAUGUUUGGAAGCAAACUAAAAAUUUGCUCUAGUGACGUAGUUAAAUAUCUUCUUCAGGUGUUUUACGUCAGGUCAACCGAGGAGGGUAUCAGUCGGUUUUUCUUUUUGAAGAGGAUCAUGAAAAAAAGAAAAAAAAGAAAAAAAAAUGCUGACAGUGCCGACUUCAAGAUAAAUGAUAAAAGCAAAUAAGAAAAAAAAAAGAAAAAAAAGAAAAAAAUCUGUCUCAUGACUUUUCGCAUUCGCAACUUUCAGAAAGACCUCGAGUAGAGACGGACUCUGGUGAUGAUGGCGGAUGCCGAAAUGCUGAUUUGACACACUCGUACACGCUCAGUCGAAGUCGCAGGCAAAAACCCAUAAAACAGCUUGAAAGGCCAAGUUCCGCCUCUGUCAGUGCCAUCUCUGUCAAAUCCGUAAGAGCUCCUUGACGCCCCUCGUGAGAACUUCGUUACUUUCUCGAAGAGCUGCCCAAGCUUCCUUUGUACAUCAGGAAACAUCGCUUUGCAUCCUUUGCAUUCACCUACUUCACCUGCGACCAUCCACAUCAGUGAAGACCUGCUGUUUCUAUUUCAAAAUCGCACUUCGCCAUUGCUGCACAGACAUUUGGAUUUGGCUUCCACAGGACCCAAGGGCAGAUGGAAAGAAGCAAAACCGGGUUCCUACAUUAACUUCAAUUUUGGAUCCAUCACCUGCAGACCUCACUGUUGCACACAACAUAAGGACUAAAUUCGUCUCGAUGGGAAAGAACCGAAGUACGCUACAAGCAGAAGUAAUCAAGAAGCAUUCUGAUAUUUGCUUCCGAGCAGGUCGCCAGUAAGUUCUAGGAGGUGCAUGUGUGAAGUGUAGAGAAAGAUGUGGAUACGUUGUUCAGAGUUCGGCAGUGACGCUGGCUUUUAAGAACAAACAACAUCGAAUGGUCUCGGGGAUCACAACACAUUGCCAAGCGUGUUUUAAUUUUAAUUAAUUUUAUUUUAUCAAGAGGCUCCCGAUCGGCAAUCAAUCGGCCGAUAUUUCAUCGGUAAAAUUUCAAUUCAUUUAUCAUCUCCACUAAAUGAACAAGAUGUUUCGCAGAAUGAUGAAUUCUCACAGUGAACAAACGCAUUCCAGUACCACGGACUGUAAGAAAAUCUCGAUUCACCCAUUCUUAGGAACACGACAAUAAUUUCGUUUCGACCAACACAAUGCUCUCGCGAAAAAAAGGCUUACAAACUCACUCCACUCACGCUUUCAGGUGAUCUACAUCUCUUUGUUCCCUCCUGUGUCUGCAUUGUUCUGCUUCCGUUGACGCAAAACGGCAAGUUACUCUUCCUCAAUCACAAACAUGACGCAGAGAAUUCCGUCAUCAGAGUAUUGAUUAGAAGAGCUCACGAAGUCUUCAUGACAUCCCCGCUACAAAGAUAUCUAAGCAGCCGCAGACCGGCCUUUGCACCACCCUCAAACUAAAAAAUUGCAACCACAAAGAAAAGAAGAAAGGCAAACAACACCGAGCGGGAAACAGCAAACCCCACUUUCUUGCACCAGAACUUUUUCCCCCUUGCAUCCAGGCUCUAUUUCGAUGUGGCCCCUGGAAGAGUGGCCCUUGUUUCGAUACAUUUCCUUGACAGUUCCUCCGGAGUCUAUAAAUGUGCAGGCAUGUGAAGGUGGAAUCAAAGUGUGUGAUCUAACACACAUUUUUUAAUACCGGUAGCAGCAAGUUGCUGAUGGGUACUGCUGGAAUCAUCCACAUCUCGUUGCAAUCAUGUUCCGAUGUCCCUCUCUUUUAAGGCAGCUUGUUGUUAUCAUCGAUACCCAUAAGCGGUGAUUGUAGAAGAGUGGCCGACUUUGUAACAUGUGGUAAAUUUUUCUCUCAACUGCCUUUACAGCUCGAUGGGUUAACUGUCUAGAGCUGCGAUUUCAUCUGAAGUGAAGGAUACUUCCAAUGGCUGAAGUAGUGUGUGUGAUGAUGGGGAUUCUGAAAGAAGGAAGAGCACACUGUAUUAGGUCUGCAUUGUGCCUUUCAGCACGCAGUUUUCUGUGCAAGCCGGGCGAUGAGUGAUGCCGAGGCACAAAACAGUUGAGCGCUGAUAUUCCAAACCGUCUUGAUGACGUGAGUUGUAUACUGCUUGUGAGAUGUUCAUCGGGCAUUUUUGCGGAGCCCGCAACUCGAAGGAUGGAGCGCGCCUGCUUCUGGAAAAGGACAUCUUAUAUUUGACCGUAACCUGACACUAAUUCGUUUUUUGAUCUCUUCUUGUUAUGCGUUAUGCAUAGCCAAAUGUAGCAGGGACGACCGCUUUAUUUCUAUGGAAAAGCUACUGUACUCUAUUUUGAAUUCGUCAAAGUUCUGUUUACUUGUCAGAGUGAAGGGUUGCCAUCCUUAGUCAAAAGAAACGGAAUCGUUCGAUGUGGAAUUUUCUUAUGAGCCUGUCUUUUUGCCGCCGUGGUUGCAAAAGUUUCCUGAGAUGGUCUUGUUCCUGGUGACGCUUUAAUUGCGCUUACGUUGUUUGCUUCAAGUUCGAGUACCUUCGAAAAUAUGUCGGAAUUGCAGGCAGUUCUUUGCAUCUCGUCGGUUUGAAGAAUUCUGCUGUUCGAAAUUGUCUUCUUUGAUUCAAUUCCCGCUUCAUAGAACUUUCGCAAUAUGGAAGAAAAGAGAGAGUAAGGAACAAAUUCAAUUAUCUACAACUCUGACAAGCAUGCAAGCUAGCUUCGCUGAUAAGAACGCGGGGCAAAUCUUCAUGCUGCCGGCCAUUCAUCCUGAAGGAUGCAACGUGUGCCAAACGAACACAGAGACCGUGGGCGGAACAGGACGCCAUAUAAGCAGAUGCAACGAGAGCCAAAUCUCGCUCAGCACCGUGUGACGACAGACCUUUUUCUGCGCAUUGACUUGGAGCAGGGGAGGAAAACCUGGACCCAGCUCCAAGUCAAAGAGAAUUUCUCGCUAUCAACAUUUCGCAACGUGUUUCGAGUGUGAUUGCGUUGUCGCAGCCAUUCAAUACGGAAUAGGUGUCUACGAUGUGCCCUAAUUCGUGGUUUAGCUCUCUUUGACCAUUGUUUAGCAGGCUGCCAUGUACCUCACUCGCGAAUCCUUUUUUUUUUUUUUUCUUUUUGUUGACUAUCCCCCAAGUGCAAGUCCUGUUUCUACCGAACUAUGACUGACCUUCUUAUGUGCAAGACAUCUCGAGGUUUUGACUUUCUGAACAGGUUUCACCCUUUCUUUCAAAAAUCCGAGGCGCGUAAAACACAACGCUACGCAAUGUGGUCAUUCGCUGAAGUUCGUGAGCUGCCAAUUUCGCUUGUCACUGGUAGGUUCUGAUAGUUCCUGUGCUGUACACACUGUCCCUCGUUUUGGUAGUUUUACCAGUUUUUGACCUAGGAGUAGAGUUCAGAUGGCUUUGUAUUGGUCUAGAAGAGACCCAAUUGUGCAUACCAAGCUCAUGAUGCUGGGUUUGUUUAGCAGCAAGAGCGUAUUCAGACCGCCUGCACACACUUCUUGAAAACUUUGGGGUCAAUGGUUUCACUCUUCUGCCAGUACUCAUUCCUCACCAUUUCGCAAACCAGAAGAAGAUGUCAAGUCAGUCCGUCGGGUAUGAAUCACGAACUCGCGAUCAUCUACAGAUCUGCAAAUCUUUCACUGACCGGCAUCUGAGAGCCAUGUCACAUCGCUGUGCGCUGUUCCCAAAGUCGUUUUUUGCAACAAAGUCGCCUCCACCGUUUUACUCCGCUGUGGGACCAGCGGUCACGCAAGCUGGGGCCCAUGCUUUUCCCCAUCCACAGCGAUCAUCCGCCGAUGUGCUCUACUUUGGUCCAAUUCGGGAACCCAUUCGAUAGGUUCAAUCAAGAGGAUCUUACCACCGAGCACCGAAUCGUAUCAGACCACAGUCUCGUGGUGCUGUAAUGAUUCUGUUGACACUGUAGAUGCUGGAUACGCAUUUGUCAACUGUAUUUGUGAUGUAUUUCGUAACCGUCAAUAUGUACAGGACGGAUGGGUUAAACUUAGCGCAUAAAGGAGGAGCAAAGUCUGCAUCACAAUUUGGAGUCUUGGAUUUCGCAAAUGGAGUCUGAUCCGUCCUGGUCGCUGUUCCAGGUUUUCAUGAUAUGUGCACAAGGCAGAAGUGGAAGCUGAAAACGUAUCUAAUAUUCUACACUCUUGUUUGAGGACGUUGGGUGUUCGGGGAGGGGAGGGGUGAGGGGAGUCCAACUUUCGCCACAAGGGGAGUGCCAGCUGCUGAUCAGAGGUUGCUGCUGAUUACAGACAUGCACAUCUGCAAGGCUUAAAAAAAAAACACAGCAUUCAUCACCGAGGUAGUACUCUUAAUGGAAGUCAUGGAAGUCCCUCGCUACGGCUGAUCGAAGUGUGCUUGUGGGGGUUCAUGCGAAGGUGGUGAAGGUGGAGCCUGCCGAGAGGUUGAUGGAACAUGUUGCGACGAAGCUUGCAAAACCUGAAGGUGCCAUCGAGGACCAGACUUGUCGGGUAUUCGUUCACUCGUCCAUUCACAUGUGUGUUUUGAAUCUCUCUUUCAAGCUCAUCGCUGCCCAUCUGGUUGCUAGAGCCGCGAGUGAGCCCAAAUCGUUUAGAAUGUAUAUGCUGGCAGAAACCCCAAAAGAGAAUUAGAAUGCAAAAGCAUACGUCAUCUGGCUACUGUGGCUUGUGCCCAAGCUGUAACAAUGGUUGUCAUAGAAGCUGGCUGCACGGGGGAUCACAAGGAGGAUGAAGAGGAUCGGACCGUGGUUUCCACCAGCGCCUCCAGAAAUAGGAGACGGCGGGUCGAGAAUUGGACCUACAUUCCUCGCCUUCCCGAUGACAUCGCGAUGGAAGUAUUGUGUCGUCUGCCCCCUCGCUCCCACGCCCUUCUGCAGGGUGUUUGCCGGAAGUGGAAGGACGUCGUGAACAGUACGUUGCUCUAUGAGCAGCGCAAGGAGAGAGGCACAACUGUCCACUUUCUGUGCUUGCUGCAAGCUGCUUCUCAGGUAGAUUUGAAGCAACACCCCGUGUACAAUGUCAGCUUGCUCCAACUGGGACAGCGCAGCGAUUGGGAGAGGCUCCCUCCAAUCCCUGAGUAUCGUGAUUUAGGGCUUCCUCUCUUCUGUAAGUUCGCAGCCGUGAAAGGGAGGCUCGUCGUAGUUGGAGGGUGGAACCCUGCCACUUGGGAGACGCUUCGGUCGGUCUGUGUGUUUAAUUUCAGCACCUGGACAUGGCGGCGAGCGUCCGACAUGCUCAGCACGAGAUCCUUCUUCGCCUGUGCAUCAGUCGAUGAUUUCGUUUUCGUGGCCGGAGGUCACGACAACACGAAACGUGUACUUCCUUCCGCCGAGAGAUACAACAUCCAGAGUGAUUCCUGGGAGGUUCUACCGCGGAUGCACGAAUAUCGAGACGAAUGCAUGGAAGCUGUGAUGGGCGGGAAGUUUUACGCUAUCAGUGGAUACCCCAGAUUGAUGCACUGCCAGCACGUCACGAGUGCUGAGGUUUACGACCCUCUCAAGCGGUCGUGGUCGCGGAUCGAGAACCUGUUGAAUGUCGGCCCAUGUGUUGUUGUAAGCGCCGCCGAACGCCUCUACGCAGUGCGCGAUCAGGAGCUCCUCUCGUAUCGUUCCAAUGACAAUACUUGGAGGUUAUUAGACAAGUUGCCUGAGGGCGAUGAGGGCAUCUCCGCAGCAUUGUGCAUGACAUCUUUCGGCUCGAGCCUUGUGUUGACAGGAGCCACGCAUGACGACGAAGAGAAGUGCAAAACGUUCCUGUACCGAUUACCCAUUGAGACGGUGUCGAAGGGCGGUUCCGUGUGCAACAAGGGCAUCUGGGAAGCACUUACCGUCAACGCUCGAUUCCUCGGAAUCACCCAGGCGUCUUGCGUCGUCGAAGUUUAGUCCGAAAACGUCACGACCCGCUCGGCGCACUCGAUAGCGAUCCAAAGCUAGGUUGACGAAUUUUGGAAUCCUUACGCCACCCAGUCUGGGUCAUCCCUGGGGAGAUAAUUUCCUCCCGAAGCUUGAUAACUUCACCAACCACCGACGCAAACGAAGAACACACAGCCACUGAUAAGCGAAGCAUCCGUAACUGACUGUGCACA